AUGGCGCAGACGGUGCGACGUGCCAUUGAAGGACGGUAUCCUUCAUGCUAUUUACCAAAUAGAUUAAAAGAAAGAAGAGCUAAAGCUAGGGCAUUAAGAUUACAACAGCAAAGUAAGCCAGAUAAACCGGAAGACUUUGUCUGCUAUUCAGAUAGUGAUAGCGAAGAAGAAACACCAGCACAGCAGCAUCGGAUUCUAUCAACCUCGUACAACUUUGUAGAUUAUGUUCGCUCUAGAGAAAUUCAGGCCCCUGAGCCUCGCUCAGUGGACCCAUCAUAUGCAACUCGCCAUAUGCUCACUCAUGAUAUGUUCCGUGAAACACCAGUCAGUUUGGGUAACAUGAACAAGGUGUUCUGUUCCCAAUGGCUCUCCGAUAGGCAGGUUGUCUUUGGGACUAAGUGCAAUAAGUUAAUGGUGUAUGAUGUGAGGUCUCGUUCAUUAGAUGCAAUCCCCACACUGCGGCCUCGAGCCCCAUGGCCAGGCGCCGAACACCAAACAGGAAUACAUGCAUUGCAAAUCAAUCCAUCUAGAACAUUACUAGCGACAGGUGCGCGAAACUCAUGUGAGCUAGCCAUAUAUAGCCUGCCAACACUGGACCCGCUAUGCGUAGGAGAGGCGCACAAAGACUGGAUACUAGACAUGUGUUGGCUGGACGAUGAGUUCUUAGUGACCGGGUCGCGGGACUCGAAGCUCGCGCUGUGGCGCGCCCCCGCCGGGCCGCCGCAGCGCGCGCCGCAGCACGACUACGUGGCGCCGCUCGCGCUGCGCGACUGCCGGGCCGGACAAAAAGUCCGCGCGCUAACAUUCAACAAGAGCUGGCGCGAAAUCGCCGCUUUGACACUGAACGGUUAUAUCCACGUUUUUAACGCGGAGACUUUCCGUCAGACACUUUCAAGAAAGCUGCCGUCCUGUCAAGAUCUCGUCUGUCUCGCCACACAGGAGAGCGGCAUGUACGCGAUCGGGUGCAAGUCGUACACGCUGCUGCUGGACUGCCGCACGCUGCAGUCGGUCAAGAAGAUCACGUCGCGCUACAACGGCUGCGGCAUCCGCUCCGCCAGCUUCCGCGGACACAUGCUCACCAUCGGCACCGGCCUCGGUUUACUGAUGUUCUACGACGUGAGGGCGGGAAAAUAUCUUGAGAGCAGUAUUCACUCUUCAAAAACCGUUACACUCAAGGCUUCUAGGGGAUAUGUGUUCCCCGACGAGGAGGCGGACGGGUUCAACCAGGUGAAGUACGUGCCGGCGAUCUACACGCACUGCUACGACGACAGCGGCACGCGCAUCUUCACGGCCGGCGGCCCGCUGCCCGCGCCGCUCGUCGGCAACUACGCCGGCCUCUGGCAGUGA